UUAUUCAAAAUAACAAGACCACAGAAAGACUGCGUGAUAACAUACACAAUAGUAACUGCACUUAAAAUGAGCACCCUUCGUGGACAAAAUUUCACACCAUGUUAACUAUCGGUAUACAAUGUAUUUCUGAAACUCAGAUAAAUGUAUUUAACGUCAUAUAAACUACAAACCGGUUGUCACGUAACCUCUUAGUGUCUCGGUCAUGCUCCUCUGUAAGUCUGCAGUGUGUAUCACAUAUUUGAAUAACAUAUUCAUUUACAGUGUCAAAUAUUAAAAUAAUUCCAUGUCUUCUGUACGUAUCGUGCUCCGUCCGCUAUAAAAAUUCAAUUACAAAUCCUUCCCUCUGGUUUCAUACUUACGUAAAACGUUGCACGCAAAUACUGAUUUGCUUCCCUGUUAAAGGCUAUGUAUUAUGAAGAUUUUAAUGAAUAAGUAUUUAAAAAAAAUACGAACGGUAAGAACUUGAUUGUUAUUCAACAAAAAAAAAUUAUAACGGAUUACCAAGCAUUCUUUUAGGGAAUACAUCACGAAUGAACCUCUUUAUCGUGGACACCGAAUCACACUUCACUUGUCUCAAAUUUAUUUUUUUGUUUUAUGUUCGUAGAGAUGGAAAGACAGCUGAGAACCACAUGACUAAAUGUUUAGAUGGCGAGCAUGUAUUGUCAGGCAUUUUCUACAAAGCGUCCCAUUACUAACAUUUCACAGCAAACAAGUGAAUAUACCCAAGACAAUAAACUAUAUGAUACUCGUAUUUACUAACCGAAUACUACUUUCUUAACAGACAGAUGAAUUGGUUUCUGUAACAAGAGUACCAGAUGGAUUCCGCUAAAAAAGAGAGCAACAGUGUUAAAAGAAUAUGGUUUCUUGUACCCGUUGCUGUUUUAGCAACAGGCUGGCUGUAUUUCUUGACAACUAUUGCCCCAAAACUCAAUAAUGGAAACAAGGGCAGUAUCAAACUGCAGUUUCCAAGCAGCCUGCAACAAAUGAAAGAUUUAGCACAUUUGCUGGAACAAUAUCGAGAACAUCAUUUACUCUAUGUAGUAAUCCUCUUUAGCAGUGCAUACCUUUACAAGCAAGCAUUCAGCAUACCAGGUUCAGCUCUUUUGAAUGUGUUAGCUGGAGCUCUGUUUGGAAGUCUGGUAGCCUUUCCAUUGUGUUGUGUUCUCACAGCAUUAGGAGCAUCAUGUUGCUAUCUCAUGUCCCGAUACUUUCUUGGUGACUUGCUGAUGCUUUACUGGAAGGACCAAGUACAGAAACUGCAAGAAAAGGUUGCUAGCAAUUCAAAUUGUCUGCUCUACUAUCUUUUGUUCUUGCGACUCUUUCCUGUUACACCAAACUGGUUGAUAAAUCUUAUAGCACCAUUAGCUGGUGUGCCACUCACACAGUUUCUCAUUACUGUGUUUCUUGGUUUAAUGCCAUAUAAUUUUAUGUGCGUUCAAGCUGGUGAAGUUCUGUCCUCCAUCACGUCUCUCGACACACUGUUUAGUACAGAAACUUUCAUUAGACUGGGUCUGAUGGCAACUGCAUCACUGUUGCCGACAUUUGUCAUCCGCAAGCACAAAAUCCAACAAUCUUUGGACAGUUCAGUGCAGAAAAAUACACACAGCCACAAAAGCUAACAUCCAAAGUUAACUUUGGUUAAACUUGAUGGUACUAGCACUUUUUUACUUGUUAAGUACAUAAUCUUGCAAAGAUGUACAUACAUUAAAGAUUUAUUUUUUUAACAUUGUUAUUUAAUAUUUGUGUGUUGUAAGGCUGAGACAAACUGGAAAUAACGUAUAAGUAUUUUAAGUUUUCCUUCUUGAUUGCUUCCCUUGGCAUAUUGUCCAGUCUUCCAUGUAGAAUCUAGAUGCUUGAUGAUGUAUUUGUAUUUAAAAUAAAUAAAUAACAAAGCAAAUAAU